AUGACUGAUCAAGAGCAACCAAAAAAGAUUGAAACUGCAUCAAGUUCUAAUCCUUUAUCAGUGCCACCGCCCAAGGAACAUGUGCCUGAGGACAAAUCUGUAAUUCCACAACCUGAUCAUCUAGAUCAUAACCCUCCUCCUCCUCCUCCUCUGGUUGUUGAUGAUUCCAAAGCUCUUGUUGUAGCUAAGACAGAGACUGAUGAAGCUGCUGAAGAGAAACCACAAGAGGGCUCUAUCAACCGAGAUGCGGUGCUUGAAAGAGUUGCAACAGAAAAGAGGCUGUCACUAGUCAAAGCAUGGGAAGAAAGUGAAAAGUCUAAGGCAGAGAACAAGGCACAGAGAAAACUUUCAACCAUUACAGCAUGGGAGAACAGUAAGAAAGCUGCAACAGAAGCUGAAUUGAGAAAACUUGAGGAACAACUAGAGAGGAAAAAGGGAGAAUAUGCAGAGAAAAUGAUGAACAAAAUAGCAUUACUUCACAAGAAAGCUGAAGAGAAGAGGGCAGUAAUUGAGGCCAAGAAAGGGGAAGAGUUACUCAAAGCAGAGGAGGUGGCUGCAAAAUACAGGGCAACUGGAACGGCUCCAAAGAAACUAUUUGGUUUAUUCUAA